AUGCAGGCGCACAUUGUCGGCGUUGGCGCGAUUGGGACGCUGCUCGCGAGCCAUACGCGGGCAAUUUUGCGCCAGCGGCAAAGGACGGAAGUGGUUGGUGCUACAAUGUUUGGGCAGAACGCGCGAUCGGCAAAGAUGGCCAUUCCACCGCAUGUAGUUCCCUAUAUGCCCGACGCUUCCGCUUCGUCACUUACUUUGCAUAUGCGAGAUAGGACUUAUACAAGCGGCAAAAAAGUGUCUGGAAUAGUCACUGCAGAGCGCGAUGGAGUGCGGAUGGUCGAGUCGGGCUGCAACGUCGAGCUCGCUUCUGCUGCAGGGCCCGACCAUGUACGCACAUUUUGGCCUGACGCGCACGGCGCGCUGCAAGAGGUCAGCGGAGCACAAGCGACAGCACCGAUUGAUAGUUUACUUGUGACGACCAAGGCAGAUGCGGCGCUUGGUGCGAUCCGACGAUUGGUCCCGCGAAUCACCCCCUCCACGACCGUGGUCCUGUUGCAGAAUGGAAUGGGCGUGCUAGAUACCCUGCUCGAGAACUUGUGGCGCGAUCCCAGCUUGAGGCCGAACGUGAUCCUUGCGAGUACGACGCAUGGAUGCUACAUGAAAAAGCCGCUGCACACGAUCCACGCUGGCUUUGGCGCUCUCUUUUUCGGAAUUGUGCCGAGCGCCCGCGGCGGUGCGCACGGAUUCGAGCAGGCGGUGCAUACUGGGCUCAACACACACACCCCAUUGCUGGAUAUAGGCGCGAUACCGGAUACUGCCGAGACGCGAUCGCUGCGCGAGACAGUGGCCCUCUUGCUUUCCUUGCCGCUGGACGUGCAUUGGGAGCCGAUUCGUGCGUUUCAGCUGCGCGCUCUGCGCAAGCUCGUGAUCAAUGCGUGUAUUAAUCCGACCACGGCGCUUGCUGACUGCAAAAAUGGCGAGCUGUUUGGCAGCGCACCCGCCUGGGAUCUUUUCCAAGCGCUGUGCACAGAAGCAAGCCAGGUCUUGGAAGCACACGCGCGCGAUGCCAAAGCCGGCGAGGAAGCGAGCGAGCUGGAGUCUAGGUACCUCAGCUCGCUCCCCCUCGCGGAUUUGCUCACGCAAACGGACAUGCAGGGCUUGCCGCUGCUCGACGCUUCGCUCAAGCCUGCAUCACUUUUGCACGAAGUGGAGAAUGUGGUGCGCAACACAGCGUCCAACUGGAGCAGCAUGCACCAGGACAUCAAAAGCAGGCGUGGCGCUACGGAGAUCGACUACAUUAAUGGGUAUUUGAGCGAUUUGGGCCCCUGA